GAGCAAGAGCUUGGAAGGCCCUCCUUGGCCCGGGCAUCUGACCUUGUCCCCCAGCACUGGCGAUCUCGGGACACUCACCCAUCAGUGCCUGGUCUGCUGGGUGGCACAACCAGCCAAAUGUCAAAGGGCCCAGCCACUGGACCCUGGAACCCCUCCCUGACAGCCAGCCCAGGAGCGUGGAGACAGCCCCAGCAGACGUCCAUCCUCUCACAAUGAACAUGAGGCACCUCAACAGGCAAACAAGCCACUCCCAGUAAUUUGACACUUGGAUCUCCAGGACAACCCACAACAAGAAAGCUGCAACACAGAGGGCAGCUGAGGCAGCUGGCUGUCAGCGGCUGGGAGCUCAGCACUGAGCGAGGAAGAGACUUCUGUGGAAGCUCCAGGCUGGGUGCCCCAGCUCAUCCCCCCCACCCCCGACACCUGAGCUCCCAGGAAGCCAGCACAGCAUGGCAGCCACCAACUUCGUGCAGGAGAUGCGCUUUGUGGGCGAGAGGCUGCUGCUCAAGCUACAGAGGCUCCCCCAGGCCGACCCCGUGGAGAUCGUGGCCUUCUCGGUCAUCCUCCUUUUCACAGCCACGGUUCUGAUGCUGCUGCUGAUAGCCUGCGGCUGCUGCUGCACUCAUUGCUGCUGCCCCGAGAGGAGGAGCAGGAAGAUCGAAGUGCAGCCCACGACCCCAGCAUGAGGGCCGGGGCGAUGGCUGAGGAGAAGCUGGAGAGAAGCCUGGCAAAGCCAUGACGCAGGGAAUCCGCCUGGCCCUGCAGCCCUCGCCCCUCAAGACCAGGAUCCCCUGGCCCCAGCCCUGGCCCUGCGCAUGCACCUGGACACUGACCCCUGGAGCCUUAUCAAGGAAACAAGGGCUGGUACAAGCACAUAACUACCCACCAGUGGACGCUGGGUAUGGCGAUGAGGCGUCGACAGUUCCAAAGACUGAGUAAAUCACCUGGGAUUCUUUGUCAACCUGCACAUUUUAAAGAAGCAGGGGUCCAUAACUCAGCGGAGAAUGGCCCACACCUGGGCGAGCUAGCCACGCUGAGGAGGGGCAAGUCCAUCAGGGGGACACUGUGCAACAGCUACUGCAUCACGAGCUCCCGGGACCUGUCAGUAUUCUAGUCUGGUAUCGGCCUGUUUACUUCCAAGUAAAAGCUCUUUGCUUAUGUG